AUGAACAAACGCCUGGGCUGGGGCAAGCGGCUGCCCUUUCAGGAGAGGAACGUGAGCGGGCGGUGGCAGUUCGAGUGCCAGCACGGCGCGGACGAGUGCCUGGGCAACAUGAUGGAGACCUGCCUCAUGGACGUGCUGCAGGACUUCGACGCCUACUUCCUCACCAUCUUCUGCAUGGAGUCGGGCUCGUCCGUGACCGGCAACCUCGGCGCUUGCCUGCAGGUCUACGCGCCCACCGUCAAGCUGUCUGACAUCAUGGCCUGCGUGAAGGGAGACCGGGGCAUCAAGCUGAUGCACAACAACGCCCAGCGGACAGAUGCCCUCCAGCCGCCCCACAGCUACGUGCCCUGGAUCUUGGUCAACGGGAAGCACACGGACACCCUGCAGGCCCAGGCCCAGAGCGCGCUCUUCAACCUGGUCUGUGAGCUGUACACGGGACCGAAGCCGGACGCCUGCCAAAGGUCUGGGCCUAGUCCAGCUGCACUGAAGAUGUUGUCGCGCUGCCUGAAGUGAUGCCGGCACCGGGUGCUCCCUGCCCACCCACCAGCACUUCGCACCGUGGGCAUGGCCCCAGCCUGCAGCCCGCGGGCACCGGCUGGCACCAGGCCGGGUUUGGGCCGAGGCCCCUGCCCAGCGCAGGGGCGGGAGUGAGACUGGUGCAGGGGGCCACGCUGCUGCGCGUGCUGCAGAGCCAACGCUUGCUCCGGAGGAAGCUGGCCUCCCGCUGCUCUGCCUCUGCCAUGUUCCCCUCCGCUUGCAGCGCUGCAGGGGCGAGCCCCAAGAGGGCUUGCGGGAGGGGCAGAGCUCUGCACAUGCCCCCCCGACGCUACCUCCGUGCCCUGCACCCCUGCCUGCUGAGCCGUGCUGCCUGCCUGCCGCGGGCAGCCUGCCAUGCGUGCCCCUGGGCCCCGGCCUGUGCUGCCCUGGCCCCCCCGCCGCUCACGCGAAGCUGCUCCAGCCCCGCCGCAAACCGGUCGCGCGGCUCCGUGAGCCGAUCAGCUCCUGUUGCAAGCCGAGGGCGGAGGUGGGCACCGUGUACCCAGCACGCCCCAGAACCGGUCCGGCUGCGGCCGCCCCUCAAUAAAGCUGAGCCCUGCGCUGCU